CACGGAUGACUGCAGCAAAAGAGCAAGUGACUCUGGCCUUCCUGAGAUUUGGAUCCUGGUUUCCAGUGCUAAGAUCGUGAAGUUAUGAAAGUGGAAGAAGAGAAGGCUGGGGUAGGGAAGCUGGACCCUGCACACUACAGGAGGAGAUAUCAGGAGCAAGACUGCCGUUCCAUCCACAUUGGGCUUUCGGUCCCCAGUUACCUUCAGAGGAAAAGAGAUCAGCAAGGACAUCUUUCAGGCCUGCAGAAGGUCUGCUGGGGCCUGCAGCCAGACAAGCCACAGCAGGAACUGACCGGCAUGGGGAGCAGGGGAAGCAGCUGGGAUGGCAAUGUGGAUCGUGUCAGCAGGACCCGGUCUCCAGCUGCUGAGCAGCUCCAGGACAUCCUGGGGGAGGAAGAUGAGGCUCCCAACCCUACCCUCUUCACAGAGAUGGACACUCUGCAGCAUGAUGGAGACCAGAUGGAGUGGAAGGAGUCAGCCAGGUGGAUAAAGUUUGAAGAAAAGGUAGAGGAAGGAGGUGAGCGCUGGAGCAAGCCCCAUGUGUCCACACUGUCGCUGCAUAGCCUCUUCGAGCUCCGGACCUGCUUGCAGACGGGGACGGUGCUGCUGGAUUUGGACAGUGGCUCCUUACCACAGAUCAUAGAUGAUGUCAUCAAGAAGCAAAUUGAGGAUGGCCUCCUGCGGCCAGAGCUCCGGGAGAGGGUCAGCUAUGUCCUCCUGAGGAAACACCGCCACCAAACCAAGAAGCCCAUCCACCGCUCCUUGGUUGACAUUGGAAAGUCCGUCUCCUCUACCACCAAUCGCAGCCCAGCCCGGAGCCCAGCGGCUGGCCCAAGCCUACACCACUCUACCGAGGACCUGAGGAUGCGGCAAAGUACCAAUUACGGACAGCUGUGUCACACCCAGAGCAGGAGCAUGAAUGAUAUUUCUCACACCCCAAACACAGACCAGCGGAAAAACAAAUUCAUGAAGAAGAUCCCCAAGGACUCAGAAGCCUCCAAUGUGCUUGUGGGUGAGGUAGACUUCCUGGACCAGCCGUUCAUCGCCUUUGUGCGUCUCAUCCAGUCAGCCAUGCUGGGAGGAGUGACCGAGGUGCCUGUCCCCACCAGAUUUCUGUUCAUAUUGCUCGGACCUUCUGGGAGAUCAAAAUCCUACAAUGAAAUUGGCCGUGCCAUUGCAACCCUCAUGGUAGACGAUCUCUUCAGUGAUGUGGCCUAUAAAGCCCGGAAUCGGGAAGAUCUGAUAGCAGGGAUUGAUGAGUUUCUGGAUGAGGUCAUUGUCCUUCCCCCUGGAGAAUGGGACCCAAAUAUCCGAAUUGAGCCCCCCAAGAAAGUGCCCUCUGCUGAUAAGAGGAAAUCCGUGUUCUCCCUGACCGAGCUGGGCCAGAUGAACGGCUCUGUGGGUGGAGGCGGCGGUGGAGCGGCUGCUGGAUGCGGCUCGGGAGGCAGUGGCGGCGGCGGCGGCGCCAGCGGAGGGAGCAGCGGGGAAGACGGGGAGAUGCCAGCCAUGCACGAAAUCGGGGAAGAGCUUAUCUGGACGGGAAGGUUCUUCGGUGGCCUGCGUCUGGAUAUCAAGAGGAAGCUGCCCUGGUUCCCAAGUGAUUUCUACGAUGGCUUCCACAUUCAGUCCAUCUCUGCCAUCCUAUUCAUCUACCUCGGCUGCAUCACCAACGCAAUCACCUUUGGUGGACUUCUGGGGGAUGCCACUGACAAUUAUCAGGGAGUGAUGGAGAGCUUCCUGGGCACUGCCAUGGCCGGCUCCUUGUUCUGCCUCUUCUCGGGACAGCCCCUCAUCAUCCUCAGCAGCACAGGGCCCAUCCUCAUCUUUGAGAAACUCCUCUUCGACUUCAGCAAAGGCAAUGGCCUGGACUACAUGGAGUUCCGCCUCUGGAUUGGCCUACACUCAGCCAUCCAGUGCCUUAUCCUGGUGGCCACAGAUGCCAGCUUUAUCAUCAAGUAUAUCACCCGCUUCACCGAAGAGGGCUUCUCCACCCUCAUCAGCUUCAUCUUCAUCUAUGAUGCCAUCAAGAAGAUGAUUGGUGCCUUCAAGUACUACCCCAUCAACAUGGACUUUAAGCCUGACUCCAUCACCACCUACAAAUGCGAAUGUGUUGCCCCCGACACAGUGAAUACAACCGUGUUCAAUGCUUCAGCCCUGCUGGCACCAAACACCAACACCUCUCUGUACAACCCCCUUAACCUCACAGCGCUGGACUGGUCCCUGCUGAGCAAGAAGGAGUGUCUGAACUAUGGUGGACAGCUGCUUGGGAAUUCCUGCCAGUUCAUCCCAGACCUGGCACUCAUGUCCUUCAUCCUUUUCUUUGGGACGUACUCCAUGACCCUGACCCUGAAGAAGUUCAAAUUCAGCCGCUAUUUCCCUACCAAGGUCCGGGCCCUGGUAGCAGACUUUUCCAUUAUCUUCUCCAUCCUGCUGUUCUGUGGAAUUGACGCCUGUUUCGGUCUGGCAACCCCCAAGCUGCAUGUGCCCAGUGUCAUCAAGCCCACGCGGCCUGACCGAGGUUGGUUCGUGGCCCCGUUCGGGAAGAACCCGUGGUGGGUGUACCUGGCGAGCAUCCUGCCCGCCCUGCUGGUGACCAUCCUGAUCUUCAUGGACCAGCAGAUCACAGCCGUCAUAGUCAACCGGAAGGAGAACAAGCUGAGGAAGGCUGCUGGCUACCAUCUGGACCUGUUCUGGGUGGGCAUCCUCAUGGCCCUGUGCUCCUUCAUGGGGCUCCCCUGGUAUGUAGCAGCCACUGUCAUCUCCAUCGCCCACAUCGACAGCCUCAAGAUGGAGACAGAGACCAGCGCCCCUGGAGAACAGCCCCAGUUUCUGGGGGUCAGGGAACAAAGAGUGACUGGCACCAUCGUCUUCAUCCUGACGGGUAUCUCUGUCUUCCUGGCUCCUAUCCUGAAGUACAUUCCCUUGCCCGUGCUGUAUGGAGUCUUCCUCUACAUGGGCGUGGCCUCCCUGAAUGGCAUCCAGUUCUGGGAACGCUGCAAGCUCUUCCUGAUGCCGGCCAAGCACCAGCCAGACCACGCCUUUCUGCGGCAUGUGCCCCUGCGCCGGAUCCACCUCUUCACCCUGGUGCAGAUACUCUGCCUGGUGGUGCUCUGGAUCCUCAAGUCCACGAUGGCCGCCAUUAUCUUCCCCGUCAUGAUCCUGGGCCUGAUCAUCGUUCGAAGGCUUCUGGACCUCAUCUUCUCCCAGCAUGAUUUGGCCUGGAUUGACAAUAUCCUCCCAGAGAAGGAGAAGAAGGAGGCGGAUAAGAAGAAGAAGAGAAGGAAAGGGGUCCCUGAGGACAGUGAUGAGGAGCCCCAGUUCCCUCCUCCCUCAGUUAUAAAGAUUCCCAUGGAAAGUAUCCAGUCAGAUCCCCAAAUUGGUAUCCACUGCAUUGCCAGAAAAAGAUCUUCCAGUUGGAGUUACUCAUUCUGAUUCUUCCUUCAGUGACUCAGAACUUGACCGAAGCAUCACAUUGCACUUCAGAAUUUCCUGUCCAGCUUCACCCGCUUUCAACUACUCACAGAGCCCAGUGUUCAUG